UAAAAUAAUGAUUAUGUGAAAAAGAAAAUUGAAAUUACCUCAAAUCAUUGAUUCAAAAAAUUGUGUGACACCCUGAUCUUUAUGUUAUAAAUUUGGAAUUUUUUACAAUCAGCUGUCGUGAAAAUGACAUUUGUCAGUGUCGGACGUGUCAAACUAAGCAAGUGAUAUGUCAAGUUUGCAGGAAGAAUAGUUUAGAAUGUUUAGAAUGCAAAUUUAGUGAAAUAAAGGCUUAAAAAUGGCAACAAGAAAUCUGACGGAAGCCUUCGUUCUUAUGAGGAAUAAUGCACUGCAGACAAAACAUAUUUAUGCAGAACAGAAUCUCUCAGACAGACUGGCGCUCGUAGAAAUGGGUGGAUCUGAUAGUUUCGAAAUGAAUGGUUCAAAUUUGGGUAACAGUGCGCCCCCACUUUGGAUAGACGCAUUGGAAGAGACACAAUAUAUUCUGAGUCGAUUACGAGUGAAAAUUGAAACACUUCUUGAUUUGCAUUCGAAGCAACUGACAAGACCAACCUUGGAUGACACGCCUCAGGAAGAGAGACAGAUAGAUCAACUGACGAGAGAAAUUGGAAGAGCUUUUUCGACUGGCUAUCGACAAGUACAAACAAUAAAAAAUGCUUCCCAACACGAAACCAGACCUGCUGAACGUCGACUGGCCAUGAGUGCAGUAAUGGCUUUGUCAUCCGCUCUUCAAGACAUGGCUAUUCGUUAUCGAACUGCCCAAAAUCAUUAUCUACAGCAGGUGAACUCUAGGGAAGAGAGAAAUAGACAAUUUUUCGAGGAAGAACAAACGCCAGUUUUAAAUGGAUCAGUGGACUUGUGGCUUUCUGAAUCAACUCAAGAAGACAGUACUUCAAAUUACUGGCAACAGGGUCAACAGCAGCAGCAGAAGCAACAGUCUGUUCUUUUAAAUUUUGAUGAUGCUGAAGAAAAUAUAAGACUGGCAAUGGAAAGAGAACAGGAAGUUGGCCAUAUAGUGCAUAGCAUAUCGGAACUUAAUCACAUAUUCAAGGAUCUUGCACAUAUGGUUCAAGACCAAGGGACAAUUUUGGAUCGGAUCGAUUACAAUAUCGAACAAACUCAGGUGCAAGUUUACGAAGGAUACCAGCAGCUAAAAAAGGCUGAUUCGUACCAAAGAGCAAAUCGUAAAAUGUACUGUAUAUUGAUACUCGCCGGUGCUAUAAUUGUUCUAAGUUUUCUCUUCGUCCUUCUCAAAACUUAGUAAUCUACAGGAACUUUUAAUGUUCGAUAAAAAUCCAAAUGUUACUUAUUACACGAAAAAAGUCGCGCUAGAGAAUUAAGAUUGACAGGAAAGUGUAAAUUAUAUUUAAAGGAAUGAAUUGAUGUGAUUGAGGUAUGUUUUAGAUGAAAUUGCAAUUACAAACAGAGAGGUCCAAUGGUAAUCGAACAAAUUAAUUUAUUGUCUGUAUAUAAUAUGUGGAUGUAUGUAUAUUAUAUGAAUUGUAAAUAUGUGCCAACGUGACACAGUACUUUGUUUUAAUUUAAAAUGAUUGUUGUAUCGUUGUUGCUUGUUUCCUUUCGCCAUUCAAAAGUGAAUGAAGAAAUACGUUGUGUAUCAUUAAAUGUUUUAAUUAAUUCAGAAA